CCACGUGUCCGGCCCGGAGCGAUCGGCUGUCCUCCAGACCCGCCCCGCACUGCGGCUGCUGCUCCCUGGCUAACGGGCACCCUGCAAGCUCCGUGUCGCCGCACCGCUCUCCGUCUGCCCGUUCGCGACAGAAGGCCAUCACCGCGUGUGUUUUCUGCUGCAGAACCCAGCCAUGGCCAAACCAGUACAGGGUGCCAAGUACCGCGGCUCCAUUCAUGACUUCCCAGACUUCGACCCCAACCGGGAUGCUGAAGCACUGUACACAGCCAUGAAGGGCUUCGGCAGUGACAAGGAGGCUGUGCUGGAGCUGAUCACAUCCCGGAGCAACAGGCAGAGGCAGGAGAUCAGCCAGAGUUACAAGUCCCUCUAUGGGAAGGACCUCACUGCUGACUUGAAGUAUGAGCUGACAGGGAAGUUUGAACGACUGAUUGUGGGUCUGAUGAGGCCACCUGCCUAUUGUGAUGCCAAAGAAGUUAAAGAUGCCAUCUCGGGCAUUGGCACCAAUGAGAAGUGUCUCAUUGAGAUCUUGGCUUCCCGGACCAAUGAGCAAAUCCACCAACUGGUGGCAGCAUACAAAGAUGCCUACGAGCGUGACCUGGAGGCUGACAUCAUUGGCGACACCUCUGGCCACUUCCAGAAGAUGCUUGUGGUUCUGCUCCAGGGAACCAGGGAGGAGGACGAUGUAGUGAGCGAGGACUUGGUGCAACAGGAUGUCCAGGACCUAUAUGAGGCAGGGGAACAGAAAUGGGGAACAGAUGAAGCCCAGUUCAUUUACAUCUUGGGAAAUCGCAGCAAGCAGCAUCUUCGGUUGGUGUUUGAUGAAUAUAUGAAGACUACGGGGAAGCCAAUCGAAGCCAGCAUCCGAGGGGAGCUGUCCGGGGACUUUGAGAAGCUGAUGCUGGCUGUGGUGAAGUGUGUCCGGAGCACCCCAGCGUAUUUUGCUGAAAGGCUUUUCAAGGCCAUGAAGGGCCUGGGGACGCGAGACAACACCCUGAUCCGUAUCAUGGUCUCCCGCAGUGAGCUGGACAUGCUCGACAUUCGGGAGAUAUUCCGGACCAAGUAUGAAAAGUCGCUCUACAGCAUGAUCAAGAAUGACACCUCUGGCGAGUACAAGAAGGCUCUGCUGAAGCUGUGUGGGGGAGAUGACGAUGCUGCUGGCCAGUUCUUCCCGGAGGCAGCGCAGGUGGCCUAUCAGAUGUGGGAGCUUAGUGCAGUGGCCCGAGUCGAGCUGAAGGGGACUGUGCGCCCAGCUGAUAACUUCAGUCCUGAUGCAGAUGCCAAAGCUCUGCGGAAGGCCAUGAAGGGACUUGGAACUGAUGAGGACACCAUCAUUGACAUCAUCACGCACCGCAGCAACACCCAGCGGCAGCAGAUCCGGCAGGUCUUCAAGUCUCACUUUGGCAGGGACCUGAUGGCUGACCUGAAGUCUGAGCUCUCUGGAGACCUGGCGAGGCUGAUUCUGGGGCUCAUGAUGCUGCCGGCCCAUUACGAUGCCAAGCAGUUGAAGAAGGCCAUGGAGGGAGCUGGCACAGAUGAAAAGACUCUCAUUGAAAUCCUAGCUACUCGGACCAAUGCAGAAAUACGGGCCAUCAAUGAGGCCUAUAAAGAAGACUAUCACAAGUCUCUGGAGGAUGCCCUAAGUUCAGACACAUCUGGCCACUUCAAAAGGAUCCUCAUCUCUCUGGCCACAGGGAACCGUGAGGAGGGAGCAGAAAACCGGGACCAGGCCCGGGAAGAUGCCCAGGUGGCUGCUGAGAUCUUGGAAAUAGCAGACAGGCCCAGCGGAGACAAAACUUCCCUGGAGACGCGUUUCAUGACGAUCCUGUGCACCCGUAGCUAUCAGCACCUCCGGAGAGUCUUCCAGGAGUUCGUCAGGAUGACCAACUAUGAUGUGGAGCACACCAUCAACAAGGAGAUGUCCGGGGAUGUCAGGGAUGCAUUUGUGGCCAUUGUUCAAAGUGUCAAGAACAAGCCUCUCUUCUUUGCUGACAAACUUUACAAGUCAAUGAAGGGUGCUGGCACAGAUGAGAAGACCCUCACCAGAGUCAUGGUCUCCCGGAGUGAGAUCGACCUGCUCAACAUCCGGCAGGAGUUUGUUGAAAAAUAUGACAAGUCUCUUUACCAAGCCAUUGAGGGUGACACCUCUGGACACUUCCUGAAGGCCUUGCUGGCUAUCUGUGGAGGCGAUGACGAGGGCCACCGGCUCUGACGGCACUCCUGCUGAGAAAUGGUCAGCAGCACCGCCCGCCGUGACCACGCCCAAUAGCUCUAGAGACUAAGGAAGGGGUGGGGUGGGGGGAGGGCUCAGCAUGGCUCAGGUCUUCAGCUGAGGUUAGAAAAGGCUCCCCUUACCGCAGGCCACCAAUGGCCCGGCUCGGUCACACCCCUGCGCACAUCUGAGCGGCUGAAGAACCAUAGCCAUCGAUCCCGUCCACGUCCGCUCUCCGUCUUCCUCCUCAGCCCUUCCCAGCUUCUGUCCUUUGCCACAGCCUCUGCCCUGGUUUGGAUUUGAUCAAAUCCAAAAACAUACUGAGCCUCUGUCUGUGAAAUGAGUGAUGUCUGUGCUUCAAAUGGUGGGGUGUGGUGGCGGGUGCCAGCUGAGGGUACUGCGGGAGGGGAGGGAGUGACGAGCCUCCCGGCAUUUCACUGCCCACCUCCUUCCAGGUCGUGCACUAGAGCACUGAACCGGGAGUCCAGAUCCGGGGCAUCUGCAUUCACUUGCUUUCUGCGCUUGGGCCAGUCUCUUUCCAUCCCUGAGUCUCUGUUUCCUUAUCUACAAAGUGAGAGAGUUGGACAAAAAUCUUGGCUUUCUCUUCUAACAUUCUCAGAUGUGUCUCCAAAUCAUUCUCUUUCCCCUUCUUUCUUUAAAUAAAAAGAGACACAUAAAUACACAAA